AUGGCCGUCCGCGCUCGUUUCGAGAACUCGUCCGACAUCGGCGUCUUCGCGUCCCUCACCAACUCGUACUGCUUGACGAGCAUCUCGAGCGGCUCGACCAACUUCUACUCGACGUUCGAGGCCGAGCUCGGCGACGUCGUCCCCGUCGUCCAGACGUCGAUCGGCGGCACCCGCAUCAUCGGCCGCCUCGUGACGGGCAACCGCCACGGCCUCCUCGUCCCGCAGGGCACGACCGACCAGGAGCUGCAGCACCUGCGCAACUCGCUCCCGGAAACGGUCGCCAUCCAGCGCAUCGAGGAGCGCCUGUCGGCCCUCGGCAACAUCAUCGCCGCCAACGACUACGUCGCCCUCGUCCACCCCGACAUCGACCGCGAGACCGAGGAGAUCAUUGCCGACGUCCUCAAGGUCGAGGUCUUCCGCCAGACCAUCGCCGACAACGUCCUCGUCGGCUCGUACUGCCGGAUAAGCAACCAGGGCGCCCUCGUGCACCCCAAGACGAGCAUUCAGGACCAGGACGAGCUCUCGUCGCUCCUCCAGGUUCCCCUCGUCGCGGGCACGGUCAACCGCGGCUCGGACGUGAUCGGCGCGGGCAUGAUCGUCAACGACUGGACGGCCUUCACCGGCCUCGACACGACGGCGACCGAGGUGUCGGUCAUCGAGGCGGCGUUCAAGCUCGGCGGCCAGGACACGGGCCGGAUCGCCGGCAUGCGCGACACGCUCGUCGAGGGCUUCGCGUGA